UUGGUCCCCCAGUGGAUGACUCCCCCCCCCCCAGAUAGGCCCCGGCCUCUUUCAGGGCAGCCCUUGGCUCCCCAAGACGCCACCACACCUGUUUUCCUUCCUCAAGCAGGGGGCUGGACUAGAAGACCUCAAGGUCCCUCCCUUCCCCCUCCAUUUCGAUCCCUUACCAGCCCCCCAACCCAAAGCGGGCAGGUGGAGGGAGCCACUCACCGCGCUGCCGCGGGGCAGAGGCAAAGAGGAAGGGGUGCGGAGGUCGCAGGAGACACACCCCAAGCAAGACCCGGAGCAAAGACCCGCCUGGUUCCUGGUUCGUGGCUCAGACGCGCGGACCUCCGGCCACUCAGAACAAAAGCGGACCUGGAGCCCGCGGGGCGUGGAUCCCAGCCAAAAGGUGGGGCUUUGUCUGGGCUGCUUUCCCCACGCGCGGGUUCCAAUCCAAGGCCAGCGGAGGAUGCCAAGUGCAGUUACGCAACCGGGAAAGUCCCGGGUGGAAAUUCCGGUCACUGGAGACGCUGCUUGUUUUGCACGCAACGGGGAAGCGCCCGCUGGAUGGCCACGCUGACGCAGAUGCACCGUCUGGGUCGUCCCAAGCGCCCCCCGUCUCCCCCGGGCCCUCUGGAGGGGCAUCCUCAGCUGAAAGGGGUGGUCUUGAAGGUCCUGAUCCGGAAACCCAAGAAGCCCAAUUCGGCCAACCGGAAGUGCGCCCUGGUGCGGCUCAGCACAGGCAAAGAGCUGGUGUGCUUCAUCCCCGGCGAGGGACACAACCUCCAGGAGCACAUGACCGUCCUGGUGGAAGGCGGCCGCAAGCAGGACCUGCCCGGCGUCAAAGCUCGCAUCAUACGGGGCAAAUACGACUGUGCCCACGUCAAAAAGAAGACAGCUUGAAGGACAAGGCGGGGGGGGGAACCCGUAUCCCCACGGGGAAAUCGGGAGGGCUGCACCGGGGGGUGGGGGGAGACAGAAAGGACUGGACGGAAAGCAGUUUCGGGUGGAUUUUCGAACAAAAGGGAGAAAGGAGCGUGGAGGAGACUGUGGCUGCUCGCUGGGCAGCCCGUACAUUGACUCAAUCAACCCACCAAUUAAUAAAUAAACAAAUGGGGCAGGGGUCUUCAGCCCCUCCUGGAA